UCGAGAUUGACGCUUGCCAUGUUGUGUGCAGCCGGGUCAGGUUGUCAUGGGCAGAACCUGAACCUCCCACCAAAACCCGGAAGUAGCCGACUCCACCUCCCGCGCUCCGCCUGUUAGUGGAACGUCUCUGAAACUCCCAACAGGUGUCUGUAUACGAUGAAAACGAUGACACCCAAUGUCGGCCAAGACCCCGUUGAACACUCCGGACUGCUCAGGUUGUACUCGGCCCUGUUUUACGCCGGCAGCUCGUUCCUCAUCACGGUGGUGAAUAAAACCGUGCUCACGAGCUUCAGGUUUCCCUCCUACAUGUGUCUGGGUAUUGGCCAGAUGAUCGCCACUCUUGUUGUCCUUUAUGCUGCCAAAAUGAGUAAAACAGUCCAGUUUCAAGAUUUUGACAGAACUAUUCCCUUAAAGAUUUUCCCCCUUCCUUUGCUCUAUGUUGGGAACCAUAUAACAGGACUGGCAAGCACCAAAAAACUCAGUUUACCAAUGUUUACAGUAUUAAGAAAAUUCACCAUAUUGAUGACGAUGAUCCUGGAAGUAUAUAUACUAAGAAAAACAUUCCCAAAACGCCUUGUGUACAGUGUUGUGACCAUAGUCCUUGGUGCCAUGGUUGCUGCAAGUUCUGACCUGGCCUUCGAUGUGGAGGCCUACUCAUUCAUUCUGCUCAAUGAUGCGUUCACUGCUGCCAGCGGCGUGUACACCAAGAAGAAACUUGGCACUGAGGGCCUCGGGAAGUAUGGUGUGUUGUUUUACAAUGCACUUAUCAUUGUCAUCCCCACUCUCUUGGCAAGUGCAUUUACUGGCGAUCUACACAAGGCAGUGACAUUUGAGGACUGGCUUGAGGCUACUUUUAUUUUUUGUUUCCUCAUGUCCUGCUUCAUGGGGUUUGUGCUGAUGUACUCCAUAGUCCUGUGCAGCUAUUAUAACUCAGCACUUACUACAACAGUAGUUGGGGCAAUAAAGAAUGUUGCAGUAGCUUAUAUUGGCAUCUUUGUGGGCGGAGACUACAUGUUCUCUUGGACCAACUUCCUGGGUCUCAGCAUUUGUAUGUCAGGUGGACUAGUGUACUCGUAUUUCACCUUCAACCAAAAAUCAUCUGGAAGUGAGGCAGGAGCACCAGAGCUGAAGAUUCACAUCACAGAAGAAUCAACAGGGAAGGUCUCCGCAAAUUAAAUGGACAAUAUUUUAUCACUCACCACUGGGUGGCAUUGUUCUUCUCCAUAUUGGAGCAUAAUUAUUGUUUCUAUAUUUGGAUUUUUAAUUUUUAAUUUUAAAUCAAUGAAAAUAUUUUUGUAAGCAUUGAUGCAAUACUGCUUUAAUUUUACGACUAAGUCAUGACUGAAUAAAUUGACAAGAUGAUGAAUUUCUGGGUCAGGUUCAGUGAAUGUUUAUUGAAAACCAACAAUGACAUAACAGUGUGGACAGCCUGUCAGAGAACUGUUUACCUUUUUAAAAUGUGUAAUUAAAUGUCUACCAAGCAAGCAGGGUCACUCUACACAUGUCACAAACAUGAAAACUGUUGGGGGGUGUUAGCGGAAGGGAAAACUGAAAACUAAAAUUCAACUUCAAAGCUCUCCUGUAAAUUGUGCACACUCGAUUUUCUAACAAACAUAAUGUGUAUAUAUAUUAAAUGCCAUAAUCUUCUCAAACCACAAAAUAGACUAAGGGUUAGAAAUGCUUCAAAAUAUACUAUAAUUGGGUAAAAAUAAAUCAUUUUGGUGUUUUGAUUAUCAACAAUUCGCUUGCCUUCCAGUUUCACCGUAAAUCCACAAGGGUCAUUUCUCAAUCAAACACCUCAGCUGGAGUGACGGGGCAGUUAUGAGAGACUUCAUACAGUGUUGAAGGAUGUAGUGUUGCUUAAAAGAAAUUUAAAAAAAAAAGAAAAGAAAUAAAAACACCCAGCACUACAAAAACCUGUGCCAUUUUCUUGGGACACAUACAACACAUCUAAUCUUCAGUGCAUUGCAAGCUUAAUCCGAGACUUAACAAGGGGUCCAAGUGCUUAAUAAAAAAUAAACAGGUUGUCUAAAUUUAUGUGAUCCUUUCUAAAUUGAUUCUAUCAUUUUAUAACUUUGCAGAUUUAUUUCCCCACUGGUGCCAGAAUAUUUCCCUUCACAUGUCAAAAGAUUCCAGGGCUAUCAAAGAUAAACAAAAUGUGAGCCAGGAAGAAGAAAAAAAAUAAAAAAUA